AUGUCAAAUCAACAACAGCUCACAAUAGUUUCUGCACCGGGGAAAGCUCUUAUAAUCGGUGGAUACCUUGUGCUUGAUCGAUCAUUUAAUGCAGUUGUCAUUAGCACAGAUUCGAGGUUUUAUUGUGUGAUUAAGGACGGACAACGCCCAAACAAAGUAAUAGUCAAAUCACCACAGUUUGAGGAUGCCGUCUGGGAAUAUGAUGUCGAGAAUUUGGAAUCUUUUAAUCAGAGAAAUCAAGGCAAGGGAAGUGCCUUUAUUCGAUUUGCGAUAAAAUACACACUUGGCAUCAUAUCACAAAGGAUUGAAAGCAGCGCAUUUACUGAAAUAAUCGGCAGAGGUCUUGAAAUUAUGGUCCUGGGAAGUAACGAUUUCUAUUCAUUGAGGGAACAGCUAGCCAAAUCCCAUCUCCCACUAACUGCCGCCUCUACGCGUCUUAUAGACCCACUGUCAUCAUUCCACGUUCCCAUAUCGAAAGUUCAUAAAACGGGUCUUGGUUCAUCUGCAGCGCUGACCACCUCUAUUGUUGCAGCCUUAUACGUUCACUUUGGAGUCGUGCACCAAAAUGAAGAUGGCAAAGAUUAUGAUAAACGUUUGGUCAACAACACGGCACAGAUGUGUCACGGACUUGCGCAGGGAAAGGUAGGAUCGGGGUUUGAUAUUUCUGCCGCGGUCUGGGGUAGUCAGGUUUAUAAACGGUUUUCCGCAAGCGUGAUUGAGGAAGCUUUUGCUGCUAAUAAUGAAGAUCGUAGCGAGCUCAAGGGCAUAGUCGACUUUGAAAGACUCAGCCUAAUAGUAGAGCCCGACUUUAAUGAGUGGGACAGCGUGGUUAGACCAACACGUCUUCCUCCUCAUUUUAUUCUUAUGCUUGCUGAUGUGGAUGCUGGAUCACACACGCCUUCGAUGGUCGGAAAGGUAUUAGCAUGGCGGAAGGCUAAUCCGGAAAAAGCCAAUAGAUUAUGGAACGAGCUCGGCGCUUGUAACCAGAAAAUAGAGGAUGAUCUAAGGUAUUUGGUAGAUAUGAGUGAGGUUGAGCGUGAUCUGUACGAAGAAGGAAUAAGACGUUGCUCCGAACUACCGGGAGAGAAGUGGUCAGAACUCAGUCAUGGUAGUCCUCAUAACUCGGUCAUAAAAUUCAUGGAUCAUGUUUACCAAACAUUCCAACAAAUACGAAAUCUGCUAAGGCAAAUGUCAACCGAAUCAGAAGUACCAAUCGAACCGCCAGAACAGACAGAAUUGCUCGAUGCCUGUAUGAAAGUGGCCGGUGUAAUCAUGGCCGGCGUUCCUGGUGCCGGUGGAUACGAUGCUAUAUUUUGUGUUUGUAUCAGUGAGGAUGCAGUAGCUGAAGUCGAAAAAGUAUGCGAGUCGUGGCGUGCUAUGGAUGUCCUUCCGUUACUUUCACGAGAAUUAGCAACGGGGUACCUUAUUGAGAAGCUGGAGGAUGUUAGGGGGAUAGACAAGUACAUCUGA